AUGUGUCGUUUUCUAGUAUACAAGGGCAGGCAUGAGAUUCGCCUCAGCAAGCUAGUCACAGAGCCCAGUCACUCCAUCCUUACACAGUCGUACGACUCUCGAUUAAGGCUCGACAACCGCCGCCCCGUCAAUGGUGAUGGCUUCGGCGUGGGCUUCUAUACGGACCCCAAACUCGGUCCAGAGCCCUGCAUAUUCACAUCCACGAUCCCGGCCUGGAACUGCGAGAACCUUGAGCGUCUCGCCAGCAAGACAUGCUCGAAUCUCAUCUUUGCGCACGUCCGCGCAACAACAGAGGGCACUCUCUCCGACACAAACUGCCACCCGUUCCAGCACCAGACGCUGAUGUGGAUGCACAACGGCGGGAUUGGCGGCUGGCACUAUAUCAAGCGUGCGCUGGCCGACUCGCUCGAGGACAAAUGGUACCUAGGCGUCAAGGGCGGGACGGAUAGCGAGUGGGCGUUUGCGCUGUUCCUUGACUUGCUUGCGAAGGAAGGGGUUGAUCCGAGUUCGGACCCGGGGCCCGAGGGUUUCGGACAGGCGCUUUUGCGGCGGGUGAUGGUCAAGACGAUUGCGAAGAUCAAUGAGUUCAUUGCAGAUAUUCCGAAGCGGCACAAUGUGAAGAACUUGGAGACACGCAGUCUCCUCAACUUUGCAGUGACCGACGGCCAUACUGUGGUUUGCACGAGGUACAUCAGCAGCAAGACGGACGAACCGGCGAGCUUGUAUUUCUCCUCGGGGACCAAGUGGAAGGAGGGCAAGGUGAAGGGGCAUUUCAAGAUGGAGCGACACGAUAAAGGUGCCGACAUUGUCCUGGUUGCUAGCGAGCCUAUUACCUUCGAGAGACACAAUUGGGUCUCCGUUCCCGCCAACUCCAUUGUCACGAUCCAUAAACAAACCGUCCUCUUACAUCCGAUCCUAGACGAGUUCUACAGCGAGGACCUAAACCAUGAUCGUUCCUCGUGCUAUGCCGUCUCCAAGGGCCUUGUUAGUACGGCGCCAGGAACCACAGUGCAGCCAGCAGCGGCGGACAAGGCCACGGCACCUGAUAUUAGAGUCAACGGUCCCGGGCUUGGCCUUGACGAGGCCAACAAUGGUAUCCCUAAGAGCCGGCUGGAGACAACUAAUCAGCUCGCCAUGUCACACUAA